AUCACCCGCAGGACGACAACCCAGCGCGCUGCGGUUGUGGCGGCGCCGACAGAGACCCGGAGCUGUCCACCCAGGCGGAGCGCGGCAUCUUCAGGUCCCUGGGCGAAGACAUCCAGCUCUACUAAGCCUGGCCAUGGCACUGUGCCUGAAGCAGGUGUUUGCUAAGGACAAGACUUUCCGGCCCCGGAAGCGCUUUGAACCUGGCACACAGCGCUUUGAGCUUUAUAAGAAGGCACAAGCCUCACUCAAAUCCGGCCUGGACCUUCGAAGUGUGGUGAGGCUGCCACCUGGUGAGAGCAUCGAUGACUGGAUCGCUGUGCAUGUGGUGGACUUCUUCAACCGCAUCAACCUCAUCUAUGGCACCAUGGCUGAGCACUGCAGUGAGACCAGCUGCCCAGUCAUGGCUGGUGGGCCUCGCUAUGAGUACCGCUGGCAGGACGAGCGCCAGUACCGAAGGCCCGCCAAGCUCUCGGCACCCCGCUAUAUGGCAUUGCUCAUGGACUGGAUCGAGGGUCUCAUCAAUGAUGAAGAUGUCUUUCCUACACGUGUUGGAGUUCCCUUCCCCAAGAACUUCCAGCAGGUCUGCACCAAGAUCCUGACCCGACUGUUCCGCGUCUUUGUCCAUGUCUACAUCCACCACUUUGAUAGCAUCCUCAGCAUGGGGGCAGAGGCACAUGUCAACACCUGCUAUAAACACUUUUACUACUUCAUCCAAGAGUUCAGCCUGGUGGACCAGAGGGAACUAGAACCACUGAGGGAGAUGACAGAACGGAUCUGUCACUGAGUCCAGAUCUGGAUGUUGUUGCCGAUCAACUGGACCAUCGAACACAGUGUAGCUGGGAGAGGGGACCCUUAGGAGCCUGUUGGGAGAGCAAUCUGAAGGCCUAUAGGACCCCUCUAGAAACCAGACAGCUCUGGACUUCUCCGAAGUCUGCCUGUGUGUCCCCGAUUGCAUGGAGAAGGGAGGGCUUCAAGUGGGCAACAGAAGGAAAGGAGGAGGUCAGCCCCUCACAUUAAGUCCAAGAGUAGGGCAGGCUACCAAGUUUCUGCUCUGAUACUUCACCCCUUCAUCCUCCCAUGGUGGGUCUCAAAUCCAUUUUGGGAAUAUGGAUGUGGCUGAAGUGAUGGCAAGAAAAUUACGAGAGUGAGUGGCUAUAUCUGAGCAAGCAGGUAGGUGUGGGGGUGGUGAGUGUGGGUGUUUUGAUUGUGGGAUUUGUCUGAGAGAUCCAGGUCCUUCCUGGCACAUAGUAGGCCCUCCUGUUGGAUGGAUGGAUGGAUGGAUGGAUGGAUGGAUGGAUGGACGGACGGACGGACAGGCUGACCAUAAGUCCAUGACCCCUAUAGGAGUAAUGACAGCAUAGUGACCCAAUUCAACUCUGACCACAUGUACAAGUGUACAAAAUGUGCAUGUAGAUGGACUUGUACCUCUGAAUCUUCUAGACCACCAUUUUCUAUCAACAUGAGUCCCAGGCAGUUGAGGGGAGGUUAGAAAGUGCAGCUUUGCCCUGAGUUCCUUAAACCCCUGGCCUACCACCAUGUAGGCUGAUUUGCUCAGUCAAGGAUGUCCACAAAUAUUUCACUCAUCUGCUUCCUGGAGGGCCUGGUAACAGUAAGCCUCUAAGCCAGGCGGUGGUGGCACACACCUUUAAUUCCAGCACUCAUGAGGCAGAGGCAGGAGGAUCUCUGAGUUCGAGGCCAGCCUAGUCUACAGAGUGAGUUCCAGGGCUACACAGAAAAACCCUGUCUCAAAAAAAACAAACAAAAAACCCAGUAAACCUCUUGAGGGUUGAGAUUGAUCCCUCAUGUCCACAAAGAUCCCCUGGAUCUUGAACUGGAACUCAAGAUACUUCAGUCUCAUACCUAGAAUCUACUGACCUGAGUGAAGGCCAGCACAAAAUAGGCCUCUAGACCAGAGAGCCACUGGAACUUGAACUGGGAAAUCUGGAGUCUUUUCUCCUGUCUCAGGACACUGAGGAUCAUGUAGCUAGUGGAGACAUUCCCAUCCUAAAAAUACCUGCCUCCACCCAACCAUCCUGAGACAUCCCAGCUACUUGGAUCUCCAAGCACAGCUACUCAAAGAGGCUGGGAUGCUCUUUCAGUAGCCAUUACUCAGUACCACCAUGUUGAGCCCUGUGCACAAACUCACAGGUAGGGAAACCAUGGCAGAAACAGGCUUCUGCCCUUCCAAAGCCUUUAUCCUGAGAGGCCAGGAUGGAGAACAAGAAAUCACAUAAGAAUCCUGUCUGUCUCUCAGUGUGCAAAGGAGGAAACUGAAACCCGGAGGCUUUUAUAAAGCUGGUAUAAAAGCCAAGGCUCUUGACUUCUACUCUAGGGCCUGCUGAUUGUGACACUGAGAUGCUCUCCAGGACACAACUGUUCCUGCUUUGAGCAAGGACUUCUAGCCUGAUGCCAGAGAGCCCCACCACACCUGGGUUGGCUCGAGUUGACUGCUGAGACAAACCUCCAAAACCAGGUCCAUCCUCAUGGCCUAAGAACUGCCUGCCCUCCAGAGAAACAGCUGGGGCUCUCCAGACCAACAGGACCUGGAACUUCUAUCUCUGCUGGCUCCAGAAAAGUCCCCAAAGGAAGUAUUCUGUCCUGCAGCUUUGGCAGUGGUUCAGAACUGGGGAAAGUGGGAAAUUUCCCCCACACUGGGCUGCAGAAUAUACUUUGAAAUCUAGGCUGUGAAAAGGGAUGAUGGGGGGAGGGAAAUAUAUUUUUGUGAAAAAGGGAAGAUUUUGCUAUUUUUGGUAAAAUAAAGACACAAAGCAA